AUGUCUUAUUAUUUCACUAUAUUAUCACCGACUGAUACACCUCUAUUCAACAUUGCGUUUGGCACGUCCAAAGGCGGUGGCGAUGGCAUUGCUCGUUUCCGCUUUCCAGAGACAGCACAGUACAUGAACCAAUUUAUCAUACACUCGAGCUUGGACAUUCUGGAAGAAGCGCAAUGGACAAAUGGAUCAAUGUACCUGAAGCACAUCGAUACCUACCCUCCCGCAGCGGCAUACAUCACAGCCUUCUUGACCCCCAGUGGUGCCCGUUUCCUCCUACUGCACCAACCCCCGCAUCUCCCCUCUUCAACCAGCACCGGCAGCGGUCUCGGAUCCUCCUCCCUGCUUGGAACAGCAGGUUCAACUACACGUGCGUCAUCAAGCUCUAUCGCCGCAAACCCGACCUCCCCGCAGACAGAGGAGGCCGUGCGUCAAUUCAUGAACGAGGUCUACGAGAACUACGUCAAGACAGCAAUGAAUCCAUUCUACAAGCAGGGAAUGGAGAUUAAAAGCCCAGUUUUCAGAACACGGGUCACGGCUGCUGGGAAGAAGUGGCUUUAA